CAGUUGUCUGCAAUGCCCCCAACUUGGGCUGAAGUUGGGAGCUAGGAACUCUGUUCAGAUCGCCCAUCUGGGUGGUAGCAGCACAGUCAUGUAGGCCACCACCUGCUGCAUCUCAGAAUCUGCAGUAACAGGAAGCUGGAUUCAGGAACCCCAGGCAGGCAUUAACCCCCUCCCAGUUUGGCCUUCACCCCCACCAGUGACCAAAGACUUGACCACUCGAAGUCCAGCUCCCAAGAACGUUGCUCGACAUGGACACCGGUGUGAUUGAAGGUGGAUUAAAUGUCACUCUCACUAUUCGGCUACUUAUGCAUGGCAAGGAAGUUGGCAGUAUCAUCGGAAAGAAAGGAGAAUCUGUUAAGAAGAUGCGCGAGGAGAGCGGUGCACGGAUCAACAUCUCAGAGGGGAAUUGUCCUGAGAGAAUUAUCACUUUGGCUGGACCCACUAAUGCCAUCUUCAAAGCCUUUGCUAUGAUCAUUGACAAACUGGAAGAGGACAUCAGCAGCUCUAUGACCAACAGCACAGCUGCCAGCAGACCUCCGGUUACCCUGAGGCUCGUGGUUCCUGCAAGUCAGUGUGGCUCUCUCAUUGGAAAGGGUGGUUGCAAGAUCAAGGAAAUACGAGAGAGUACAGGGGCUCAGGUGCAGGUGGCAGGGGACAUGCUCCCCAACUCAACUGAGCGCGCCAUCACUAUUGCUGGCAUUCCUCAGUCCAUCAUUGAGUGUGUUAAACAGAUCUGCGUGGUCAUGUUGGAGACUCUCUCCCAGUCCCCCCCGAAGGGCGUGACCAUCCCGUACCGGCCCAAGCCGUCCAGUUCUCCGGUCAUCUUUGCAGGUGGUCAGGACAGGUACAGCACAGGCAGCGACAGUGCGAGCUUUCCCCACACCACCCCGUCCAUGUGCCUCAACCCUGACCUGGAGGGACCACCUCUAGAGGCUUAUACCAUUCAAGGACAGUAUGCCAUUCCACAGCCAGAUUUGACCAAGCUGCACCAGUUGGCAAUGCAACAAUCCCAUUUUCCCAUGACGCAUGGCAACACCGGAUUCAGUGGCAUUGAAUCCAGCUCUCCAGAGGUGAAAGGCUAUUGGGCAGGUCUGGAUGCAUCUGCUCAAACUACUUCUCAUGAACUCACCAUUCCAAAUGAUUUGAUUGGCUGCAUAAUCGGGCGUCAAGGCGCUAAAAUCAAUGAGAUCCGUCAGAUGUCUGGGGCGCAGAUCAAAAUUGCGAACCCAGUAGAAGGAUCUACUGACAGGCAGGUUACCAUCACCGGAUCUGCUGCCAGCAUUAGCCUGGCUCAGUAUCUAAUCAAUGUCAGUUUAGAAAACGCUAAACCCUCCUCCCAGGCAGCCUCCGUCACGAUCCCUGAUCACCUCAGCAUCAACCUCUCUCAACCCUCCACCCCUUCUUCUUCUUCUUCCUCCUCCACCACCACCCCCUCGCUCGCCACAGCGGGGACCUCCGACGCACCCUCCAGCCUCCCCAACCCUCUUCCGACCGCCCCUUGUGUCUCCAGUCUGCUUGGCAUGAAACCCAUCCCUCUCCUGGCUCUAAAUGUUGUGUCUGCUGCUAAGGGUACCGGGGCUUCAGCUGCCACCACCACCACCUCUGCGGUGCCAUGUGUAACUAACAAACUGAAAGGCGAAAAACAGAGAUUCUCCCCCUACUGAUUGCGUAUCUUGAGGUACCUCCUCAAGUGUUUUCUUGGUUCAUUUUUAUUUCCUUUGUUAACAUUGGUGAGAACCCAAAUAUUGUGAGCUUGUGAUCAUUUCCUUUUUACUACUUGGGGUAGGGUGGGGUGGGGUGGGGAAAACUGGGAGGGGGUGGGGGACAGUGGUAACCUUUGUCUAGGUUAGGCCGGUUCCGCUGAGUGCCUGUUUCAGAGGCUGACUUGUUGAAUUCUUUAUCUAUAGAGCCACAGUUCUUGCUCUUCUUUCCCAAUUCUGUUGUGGGUUUUUUAUUUGUUUUUGUAGCUUUAUUCUGCUUUGGAAUAUAACAAUGUGUUAGGCUCUGUGUUAAUGAAUAAAAGCUUCUCCGUUAAACCCCCUCCUUUUUAAAAAAAAGUUAUUUAAUGGUUAAGCUAUCAAUAGGCCUUGGUCAUAUUUGUGUUUCUAGCUGUAAUAAAGUUGCCACACUAAGAACCUUAGUUCACCGUGUGCUGUGAAGGGUAAAAGGGGUGGGAACUUGUGGCUGCUCACUGUAGGGAGUCUGUACACCUGGCUGGGGCCUGUUUGUAUCCCUGGUUAAUUUUUAGAAUUCUUUGUCAGUCAGUAUUCCCACCAAAAGCACUGGCCUUGGCAGUGGAGCUUGAGGGGCCUUCCUAAUUGGCAGGAAGCGUCAAUACAGAACAGCUUCUCUUGGUUCCCUCAUUUUGUCAGCAGCAGCAGCCGAGCUACAGAUACAGCCCUGCUGCUGUGUGCUCUGGGGAGUGAUUACUGUGAGGAGUUUGUCCAAGGUGCACAGACACAUGAAUUCACUUCACCUAGAAUGGUGGGGUAAGGUUUGAUCAAUUGGAUGGGCAGAUUUUGUCUCCAUUCCUCCAAGUUCAGAAGUUAAUGAAGGCUGAGAGAGCAUCUGAAACCAGCUAUAAAUGAUCAACUGAAUUCCUUUAACUUCCUACCUCCUCCUGCCUUCCCUUCUCUGCGCCAAUAUUGGAAUGAGUAAGAAAUCACGUUUUUAGAUUUAAGAGGAACUUUAGGGAUCAGCUAAUCAGUAACUCAUCAGUUCACACUUAAGAGGUAAACUCCCCAAGAGAGGUUGAAGUUGUAGAUCACAGAAAUGCCUAAAUGAGUGCUUUGCUUCUGCUUACCUCCCUGAAUGAAACCUUAUUUUCUUCCCCUACUAUGGGAAUGGGUCUCUAGAAAUUGACACAUGGAAUGCCAAAGGUUGUUGAUCUUCCCCUGUCCAACGGGGUGUUGAAAGCCUCCUACACUUAGCAAGGCAUGUGGAGAUUUUUUUCCUUGACCGAGCUUCCCACAUUCCAUCCCCUUCCUGUUAAAGCUAACUGCCUGUGCAUCUCCCCUGUGUCAUCUCUGGGAUUGUGGUUCUUCCACACCACACACCAAAUGGGGCCUUCAUGUGGUACAUGCCCCAGGCUGCAUGAACCUGAAGGGGGUGGGUCUCCCUGUCCUGCUUAGGAGUUUAAUUCCUCUUUUGCCAUGCGGACCCUCCCUUGGUAGUCUCCUUCCUAGUUAGGACUUAAUCAUGCUGAUACCAUCUCCCCCCAGGGACCUGGUUUUUAUUUAUCUAAUUCUUGAUUGGAAGGCCUCUUAACCUAAUGAAUAUUCUCUAAAGAAGGAUUGCUGGGAAGGAAUCCAGAUGUUUAAGGGGCUGCUACAUCACCACUUUCAAAGGUACUUGGUGUUAAUUUUUUUAAAGCUUAGAGCUCCCUCAUGUGGUCCUUCUGUCCUAGAGCUCCCUGACAUUUUGGUUCGCUUCUCCCCUCUCCUUCCUCACCCUACGUCACAGUCUGGGGGCAAGAGUGCUUCUUACCUUUUGGAUGAGCUCUUGAUUCUUUUGGAUUCUAGGCAAAGAUAGUACCCAGCAAUUCCUUUCUUUGACUAUUUCCAUUUCCACAGAACCCUUUCAUUUAGGCCCCACUGUAUCUUCCCCGAGAUUAUUCUAUUUUUAAGGUUGGAGGCAAGAGUCUACCUCAUUUUUAAGAUCUAAAUAUUUACCUUCAUGCAGUGAUGGAGAAAAUUUUUAAAAAUAAGUCUGUAUUUCAAAAACUUUCAUUUUCUGGCCCUAGGCUUUUGGCUACUUGGGUCGGCGUUUGGAUUUUCAUUGUUCACAGGAUGCAGAUGGUGGACUGUGCUCUUUUGGCCAGAUAGAACAAAUAGGUUACAGUGGUCAGUUUAAAAUCAUUAUGAAGUGAUGUACACAUUACAAAGUGUAGCUGCCUACCUGAUGUAUUGGAAAGUAUUCUGCAUGCCCAGGUACCUUUCCCUCAAAGCCCCAAAUUUGAUUCAUGGGCCUCAGAUACAUAUCUGAACCAGAAAGACAUCAACAAAAUGAGCCAGGGAAU